GUUAAUUUCUAAGAGCUCUAUAUAGGCGAGAGAGAGAGGAUAGAUAAUCCUACGUGUGUAUGUGUGUGGGUGCGUGGGGUUUCUUUCAAAUAUUUUUUUUCUCUUCACGUUUACUGAGUAAUUCGUUCGUGAAAAGUAGUUUGAGAAGAAGGGAAAAAACAAAAAAAAAAACUCUGUCCUCCCUUAUGCUUCAAUUUGAUCCUUCAUCCGAGAUUACUCUGAUAAUAAUUGCUGAAGUGUGGGCAGGAGUAGUACACAGAGGAGAGAUUACACAGAGGCUGUGAUCAUGAAUGCGCGUUCGCAAGUAUUUGAAAUGCGUGUCGAGGGUAGGCAAGUGGAUGAGGCUGUGGCGAGUAUCUUCCACACAGUCCUCUUCUAUCGUUCACUGGGGAAGUUUGAGUACAAUCAGGAGGCAGUCUAUUCCGUGGGUACCAUUGGGACGACUGAUGUUGAUUGCAAUUUCAUCGACUACACGUACGUUUGUUGCACAUCCGAAAGUCUCGAUCGCCGUAUUCGUGCGGAAAUAAGUAGUUUCAGUGAGCAGUUAAGGAGCAAUGAGAGCUGCGGCUCCGGGCAGAUAAGUCUGGAGUUUUUCCAGAAGAAGAAGAAUCGUUGGCCUUUUGCCCCAGAGUGCAUUCCGUGGGAGGUGUGGACGGUGCGACUUGACCUGAUAAAUCUUUACACGGAGGACGAACGGCAGUUGUGCCGUGAGCAAGUUGGGGAUAUGCUAACGGAGAAGAUUCUCUACAUUUCGGAGGUGAUGAAUCGGCAUGACUACGUCCCACGGAUGCCGAGUCAAUCGGAGAUGGAUUUAAUUUUCGACACGACCUUCCCCGAUGUUCAGCCGUACCUGUUUAAAUGUAAAUUCAGCACGGCCGAACCGAGUGGGGGCUCCGUUGGGAAUACCGUGAAGAAACUUAUUAAAGAGACUCUCUCGUUGUGACUUAAAAUUUCAAUCAAUACUGUAUGUAGUCCUAGUUUAUUUUCAACAAUAAGAAAUAAUAUAAACAAUUUACGUAUGAUUGUUUCAUUUUCUCUUUUAAUCCAAAAAAAUAGGAAAGACUUUUUUUUUUAAUUUUUACUCACAUUCUAUUCUUAAAAUUUAUUCUUUUUUUAUGUUUAAAAUUUAAAAAAAAAUGUUCCAAGAUUAACGUAUGAAAAGGUUCGAAAAUUAUGAAUAUUUUAUAAGAUUUUUAUCAUCUAAAGUUAGGGAAAAAUAAUUUUGGGUUAUAUAAUUCAUUUAUUUAGAAUAAAAUUUAAUAAUUUGGAUUUUUUUUACUAAAAUGAUUUAUGUGGUAAAGUGGAUUGGUAAUUGUUGGUAAAGUAUUGAAAAAAAAUAUUCAUUUUUAUUAACAAUUUACCAUCAAUUACCAAAAACGUAACAUUAUUGUUUUGAAAAUCAACAAAUGGGAUUGAUUCUAUCAUAAAUCUUUUAUAAUUAUGUUUUUUUAAAUACUUUUGGGUCUUUUUACCAACAUUUGGUAGAUUACAAAAAAAGAAUUGCGUGGAAGUUACAAGUUUUAUUUGGUAAAUAAUAUAAACCAACGAUUAUUUUUAAGGAACAAUUUUGGAAAGAUUUUAGAUUAUAGAAUUUUAGGUUAUUUUUCGUGGGUAAUUUUCAAUUUAUUUUUAUAGAUAACUCUCUUUUGAUUUUUAUAACAUUUUGAGGAUAUUUUAUACCAUUCAUCAGGUAUUGAAUUAAAAAGGAAAAACAAAUAUUUUGAUGGUAAUGUAUCAAAUUUAUUAUUUUGGUAUAUAGUUGGAAUACUUAUAGAUUAAAACGAAAUUGAUUUAUUCUACAAAGUUGAACAUUUCGGCAUUAUUAAUUUUUAACGUAUGAUGACGUAAAUUUAAACCAAAAAAAAAAAAGAAAUUUUUAAAUAAAAAAAUGCAACAAAAACAAAUUAAUAAAAGAAAACUAAUUAGCGAUAAAAUUAAGAAGAAAACAAAACUUAUAUAAUGCAAAAUUAUGUAUUAAAAAAAAUAGUACGUUUAUCUUGGGACAUACUAUAAAACGAAUUAAUUCAAUUUACGGUAAUGAGGAAGAAACGUUGAUUUUUCUCAGUCUUGAAGAACCUUUUUUUAUGUAUCUCUCUAUACUAAUUUUUAUACCUACCUAUAUUACAUUUAAUACUUUAUUGUAUUUCCUCUUUUGGGUGGAAAAUUAGUCUCGUUGUCGAUUAGUGUGUUGUUUACCUCCCCUCCCUUUCUAUUUCAUUGUCACUAAAAUGUAUAAAGAAAAAAAAGAACUUUAACUAACGGAGAAGUGCGUGCGUGUUAAAGAGCUGGCAAAAAAACGUAUGUGGUGGUAAAAGAAAUGUUCAAAUUUGGUGUAGAAAAAAAUAAUAGAAUUAUUAAACUUUUUGAACAAUAAAACUCUUUCUCUUUGUAAAUAAAUAAAAAAAUAAAAACAAAUAAUUCUACAUACCCGAAUGUCAGAAGAAUGAAACUGAAUCGCGUUUUUCGUGGGAAAUGCAAAAGAAGUUCUCACAUUUUGCAAUUUUUGUUUAUUUUUCUCUUAUUCUUUCAACUCUACAAAACAAUAAUAUUUCAAUAAUCGAAAUAUUAUAAUAGUUGUUGUUUGAAUAGAAAUAUUGUGAUGUGAAUUUUAAUACCUACAUAAAAAUAUAUAUUUAUGCGAAUGGAGACAAUUAAGUUAUUUUUUUUAACGUAAACUUUGUAGAUUUCUUCAAUUAUUUCAUUUGGAUUUGUAUUUUAGAGAAGAUUUUAUUUUUUGGAAAAAAGUUAAGAACAAUUUUUUUGUGGGAAUAUAGAGGAGAGAAUAACUUGAAAAACUCUUAAGUGCUAUGAAAAAAAAAUUCUAUUAUUCUGUAUUCCAUCAAUUCUGUUAAUUGUUCGCCCCUUAAGGUAAAUAAAUUCGGAUUUUACUGUCUCAAAAAUUAUACGUAAUAAUUAAUGUAAAAGGGCCUAUAUUUUUUUGAAAAGGAAAUUAGCAAAGAGGGGUCUUUUUUCACAUAAAAGAAAAUUUCAAUAUCUCUUUUAAAUUUUUCUAUUAUUUUUUUUUUGCAUUAAACUCCAAAUGAAAUGAAUUAUAAUUAUUAUUUAAAUGUCAUGUGUAAUAAAAUGUAAUAUUCCAACAAAAUUCAAACAACAUAAAUUAAGAAGAAAAAUAUGUUUGAUAUAUUUGUUGUUUGUCAUACGUAAUUUGUGUUUUGUAGUUCUUUUCUUGGACCACCUGCGUAAAAAAAAGCUUAAAAGAAAUUACGAAAAAAAAAAUAAUCAAAAAUAAAAUUAAUUUUAGACCAUUAGUGGGAGUUAGAUGAUUUUUUUCACGGACAUGAUGACGAAAAUUAUGAGAAGAAGAAAUGACCAAAAUGUCUUCAUAAAAUUGAAUGAGAAAUUAAAAAGAAAAAAAAAACAAACCAAUGUGUAAAUGGGAAUGGUGAUACAAAAGGCAAAGAGAAGAAAAGGGCAGAAGAAUGUUGAUUUUAUAAUACUACCAACAAAACAAAAAAAAAUGAGAAAAGAAAGAGGCAUGAAAAGUAAAUAAAAUUAAAAAAACAUAAAUGGAGAAUCGGGUGUAAAAGUUGUGAUUACAAAAUAACCACUUUGUGUUAAUAAAGAUUAAAUAGAAUUUUUAAAAAUAAAAUGCAAAGUAAAUUAGCUAUUAAGGUGUAAAAUGUGUAGUGAAAAAAAAAUGAAAGAAUUAGAUGAUGAUAAUUCUUGAAUUCAUUUUAUUAAAUUACAUAAUGAAGAACAAUGAAUGAAAAGAAAAAAAAAAUUUAAGAAUCAACCACAAAGUAAAGAUAGAAAUUUAGAAUAUAGAAUAUGGUAUUUUAUAAAAGAAAAAAUAAAGAUGAAAAAAUAUUACCAAUUAAGAAGAAAAAAUUUUAGAAGAUUUAAAAAUGCAUAAAUAAAUUGAAAGAGAAAACAGUGA